CCUGCCAGGAUCGGCCGGAGUGGGAGGUCGCUGCGGAGUUCGUGAUGGCGGCUAUCGGGCUGAUCAAGAAGGGCGCUACCAGCUGCUCCCGACGCUGCUUCCUCGGAGGCUUGUCAUUCUGGCGGCGGGGCUGCGCCGGGCUCCCGGUGGAUGAUACGGUGAAUGGUUUGAACGCGGAGCAGCGGCAGCUUAGGCAAACCAUGACCAAAUUCUGUCAGGAACACUUAGCUCCAAAGGCUCAAGAAAUUGAUCGGGAUAAUGAAUUCAAAAAUAUGAGGGAAUUCUGGAAGAAGCUCGGGGAACUCGGAGUUCUGGGAGUAACAGUUCCAGUUGAAUAUGGUGGAUCAGGGAUGGGCUAUCUGGACCAUGUACUGAUAAUGGAAGAAAUAUCUCGGGCUUCAGCAGCAGUUGCAUUAAGCUACGGUGCUCAUUCAAAUCUGUGCAUCAAUCAGUUGGUGAGGAAUGGCAACGAAGCACAAAAAGAGAAAUAUCUACCCAAGUUGAUUAGUGGAGAGCAUAUUGGAGCACUAGCAAUGAGUGAAUCCAAUUCUGGUUCUGAUGUUGUCUCCAUGAAGCUGAGGGCAGACAAAAAAGGGGAUUAUUUUGUUCUAAACGGGAACAAAUUUUGGAUUACUAAUGGCCCAGAUGCUGAUGUUCUAAUUGUAUAUGCUAAAACAGACCCCAGUGCUGUUCCAGCUUCUCACGGUAUAACAGCAUUCAUUGUGGAAAAGAAUAUGCCUGGUUUUAGCACAGCACAAAAACUGGAUAAACUGGGAAUGAGAGGGUCAAAUACCUGUGAAUUAAUCUUUGAGGAUUGCAAAGUUCCUGCUAAUAAUGUAUUGGGACAACUAGGUAAAGGAGUCUAUGUGUUGAUGAGUGGCUUAGAUCUAGAGAGACUCGUUCUGUCUGGUGGACCACUGGGAAUCAUGCAGUCAGUCCUAGAUCAUGCUGUUCCGUAUCUGCAUAUCAGGGAAGCAUUUGGGCAGAAAAUUGGCCACUUCCAGUUGAUGCAGGGUAAAAUGGCUGAUAUGUAUACCCGAUUGAUGGCAUGCCGGCAGUAUGUAUAUAACGUAGCAAAGGCGUGUGAUCAAGGACACAUCAAUGCAAAGGACUGUGCCGGAGUGAUCCUCUAUUCCGCAGAAUGUGCUACUCAAGUUGCUUUGGAUGGAAUCCAGUGUUUGGGGGGAAAUGGCUACAUCAAUGAUUAUCCCAUGGGACGUUUUUUGCGUGAUGCUAAAUUGUAUGAAAUUGGGGCAGGGACAAGUGAGGUGCGCAGAAUAAUAAUUGGUCGGUCAUUUAAUGCUGCAUUUGUUUGAUAAGAAGAAAUGAACUUCAGUAAAGAAGAAUUGAACUUCAAACCAGGAUGCCUUUUCUUUCCAAAUCUUCAAACCAUGCACAACUGUUGCUUUUCGCCUGGAUACUAGGCUAUCCACCCCAUUUUUGAAAUUAUUACGCUGCUAAAUUUAAGAAGACACGACUAUUACAGUUACAGUGGAACAAAAUAGGCGGUUCAAGU